CCUUUCCCUCCCUCCGCUGUCGUCUCCGGCUGCCUCCUUCGGAUUCUUUCGGCUUCCUCUCAGGUCUCUCCGCUACGUUUCCGUGAGAAAGGAUGUCGACACUCUCGAUUCCCGUUUCGGUUCCGUCCCCCUACGACGACAGCGAGCAGCUCCGCAAGGCCUUCGAAGGAUGGGGCACGAACGAGGGGCUGAUCAUCUCCAUCGUGGCCCACCGCUCCGCUGCCCAGCGACGCCAGAUCCGCGACGCCUACGCCCAGGCCUACGGCGAGGAUAUCCUCAAGGCCUUCGAAAGGGAGCUCACCCGGGACUUCGAGAAAGCCGUGCUGCUGUGGAUGCUGGACCCCCCGGAGAGGGACGCCAUGCUGGCCAACGAGGCCUUGAAGAAGUGGUCCCCCGGGAACCGCGCGUUGAUUGAGAUCGCCGUGACGAGGACUGCUGACGAGCUGUUCGCGGUCCGGAGGGCGUACCAUGCCCGCUUCAAGAGAUCGCUUGAGGAGGACGUCGCGGCCCACACUAGUGGGGAUUUCCGGAAGCUUCUUGUGCCACUCGUAAGCUCAUACCGUUAUGAGGGUCUUGAAGUGAAUGCGUCACUGGCGAAGUCAGAGGCUAAGGUGCUGCAUGAAAAGAUAAACGACAAGGAUUAUGGCCAUGAAGAAAUCAUUAGAAUUCUAACUACAAGGAGCAAAGCACAACUGCUUGCAACGUUCAAUGAUUACAACAAUGAAUUUGGUCAUCCAAUUAACAAGGACUUGAAGGCUGAUCCUAAGGAUGACUUCCUCUCUGCACUGAGGAGCAUCGUACGUUGCAUCAUUUGCCCUGAAAGAUAUCUUGAGAAGGUCAUCCGGCUUGCAAUCAACAAAGUGGGGACAGAUGAGUACGCUCUUACUCGAGUCAUAACCACUCAUGCUGAGGUGAAUAUGAAACCGAUAAAGGAGAUAUACUACAAGAGAAACAGCGUGCCUCUGGAACGUGCCAUUAAAAAGGACACCACUGGAGACUACGAGGACUUCCUUCUUGCAUUGAUAGGAGAGGAUGCCUAAGCUCUCUUGAGGUUCAGUACCUGGCAUCUUGGUAACCCCGUUUAUACCAUCAUGUCCCUUUUGUGUGUGGGAAUAAUGUCUUGGUUUGCCUUAGCGGGAGUGUUGGCUUGUUUUAGGUCUUAUGACAUGCCAAGGUGCAAAUAAUGUGUCUCUGUGUGCCUUGCAUCAAACUUGAGGGAUGCGUUUACUUAUUUUCAGUUUUAUGUUGCAUUGUUAGAUGUGGGUUUUUUUAUCCGCCAAGGUGCUGAAUAUAUUAAUCCAUCUUGUGUUUGAGCGAUAAAUGCAUGUUUUAAUAA